UGUAAUCGAUCAGAGUAGUGGCUGCGAAGUGCUGAAGCAACUGUGUGUAUAUAUAUAUGGUGUGUGUGUAUGUGCGUAUGCGCAUUUAUUGCUGCUGAUGUAUACUUCGAUGCCAAGUGAUUGUUUCGGGUUAAUUUGUCAUAUAUCGAUUAUUCUUUUUUACCGCAUGUGACAGAUUGUUUUCGUUUAAAAACAGACGUACAAUAAGAAAAAACGAAGAUUGCAUAGAAAAAACUUUAAUGAUGCGCGUAAAGUGUUAUUGUUAAUAUUUGCCAGCAUCUUACAAUUUUCCUUUGCGAAAAUAAUAUUUCAGAGAUUUAGCGAAUUAUAUAGAAUUCUAAAAGUAAACGAUUAAUUGCCUUUGUGUAAUUAAUAAAUAAAUCAUUUAGAACAAGAAAGAAUUGUUAUGAAGAUGCAUAUAUACUUAUAUAUAUCUCAUAUUAGUGUUUAUAUAUAUAUGUGCCAACUCUAUAUGCAAUAACUAUACAUGAUGUGUAAUUUCAAUGAAGUGUAUAUAUGAAAUUUCUCUAUCAUUAAAAGUGAUCCAGCAUCAAACAAGUGAGACAAUAUGGACUCUGUUACGACGGAAUUGGAACAUAUAGAGAAGCUGGCAAAAGAGGCAGAAUGCUUAAAGAUACGUUUGGAAGAUGAACGACAGAAAUUAAAUGAUAUUACACUUGCUAGUAUAGCUGAUAGGCUUGAAGCAAUUAAUUGUAUAAAUGUAAAACCAAGACGUAUUCUAAAAGGACAUCAAGCUAAAGUUUUAUGUUCUGAUUGGUCUCCUGAUAAGCGUCAUAUUGUUUCCUCUUCGCAGGAUGGAAGAAUGAUUAUUUGGGAUGCUUUUACUACAAAUAAAGAACAUGCUGUUAGUAUGCCAACUAGAUGGGUGAUGGCAUGUGCUUAUGGUCCCAGUGGCACUUUAGUUGCAUGCGGAGGUCUGGAUAAUAAAGUUACAGUAUAUACAUUAAGUUUGGAGGAUGAUGUUUCGGCUCAUAAGAAAACUGUCGGCACACAUACAUCGUAUAUGUCAUGUUGUGCAUUUCCCAACAGUGAUCAACAAAUUUUAACAGGUAGCGGAGACAGCACAUGCGGUUUGUGGGAUGUAGAGAGCGGACAAUUGUUACAGAGUUUCCAAGGGCAUUCUAGCGAUGUCAUGUCCAUUGAUUUAGCACCGAGUGAAACUGGAAAUACAUUUGUGUCAGGUGGUUGCGACAAAUUGGUCUUGAUUUGGGAUAUGCGGAGUGGUCAGUGUGUGCAAAGCUUUGAAGGACAUCAAUCUGAUGUUAACUCAGUGAGAUUUCAUCCAGGUGGUGAUGCAGUAGCAACAGGUUCGGACGAUGCUACUUGUCGCUUAUUUGAUCUACGCGCUGAUAGAGAAGUUGCGGUAUAUGCAAAAGAGAGUAUAAUAUUUGGAGCAAACGCAGUUGAUCUUAGUGUAAGUGGACGAUUGCUCUUUGCUGGAUACAAUGAUUAUACAGUGAAUGUGUGGGAUACUUUGAAAUGCCAACGAGUGGCACUAUUGUAUGGACAUGAAAAUCGAGUUUCAUGCCUAAGAGUUUCCCCGGAUGGUACUGCCCUAUCUACUGGAAGUUGGGAUUCAACUUUACGAGUUUGGGCUUAAUAGUAAUAAUUAUUACUAUUACCUUACCUUGAGAAUGUUAGACUAUUCCUCUGCUAUUCAACAUAUAGUUAAUAUAUUUCUUAUUUUAGCCUAUUUAUUUAGAUUCUCGCUUUUUCAGCUAUUUUUUAUGUCAUUCAUGUUUUCAUAAAAUAUACGCACAUGUGUGUGUAUGUGUGAUGUAUUAAACAAAUGUACAUUUUUAGUAACAAACUUGCUAUAUCAUAUGUGAGAUGUAAUUAGUAAUAUUUAACAUGAGUAUGGCAAUGUGAUAAUAGUGAAAUUGCAUUAGGCUGGUCCUAAUUUACAGAAAAAUUUUAAUGAAU